CCCUUUGUAGUAGUACCUGACAGAUGUUAAUUUGAUUUACCAGACUAGCUGAUGAAUAAAAAGGAUUGCCACCAAAGUACUUGGCAGUAAAUCCACCAUAUAAGAUGGAAGAAAACCAGUAUGCAUCUCUGGCGGGUACUACGGAUUAUCUUCAACAGUGGUUCCAGUCGAACCAACAUUACCCUCAGGCACACCUGGUUACCCAAUACAACCAGAUGGUUAACCCAGCUUACUGUAUGGAAGACCGCAGAGAAGAGAGGAUCAUGACGGAACUGUCUGUCCAUCAGGAAACAGAAUAUAUUCAGCAAGAGGGUACUGCCACAUUGGAGAUUUUAGUUAAACUGAAAAGUUCAGCCCCUGCAAAGGGCAAGAAGAGAGGAAGGCCCUCCAAACAGACGUCUGAGGAAAAUGGGCAGCAGAAAGGACAUGUUGAUGAGUCUGCGAAGAAACCCAAGAGGACACUUGACCGGUUUAACGGCAUGUCGGUGGCUGAAGUCAUGACCAAAACCCUGCCAGACAUCAUUACUCAUAACCUGGACAUACUUAUCAUUGGCAUCAACCCUGGACUAUUGUCAGCCUACAAGGGAAGACAUUACCCAAAUCCAGGAAACCAUUUCUGGAAGUGUCUCUUCUUGUCCGGCCUCACAGAUGAACAGCUGAAUCACAUGCAUGAUCAGACCCUUCCGGAAAGAUACGGCAUUGGUUUCACAAACAUGGUGGAGAGGACAACGCCUGGAAGCAAAGAUUUGUCAAGCAAAGAAAUUCGAGAUGGAGGACGGCAACUCUUAGAAAAGCUGAAGAAAUACACACCAAGAAUAGCAGCCUUUAAUGGGAAAGGUAUUUAUGAAAUAUUCUGCAAGGAAAUCUUUGGAGUGAAGGCUAAGAACCUGGAAUUUGGUCUACAGCCAUACAAAAUUCCUGACACAGACACGGUUUGCUACCUUAUGCCAUCGUCGAGUCCACGUUGUGCCCAGUUCCCUCGCGCCCAGGACAAGGUGCACUUCUACAUUAAGCUGAAGGAGCUCAAGGACCAGCUGAAGGGUGAUGUCAGGAGCCAGGAGGUCCAGGAAACCCGUUACACAUUUGACCUAGACAUGGCCAAAGAGGAUGCCAAGAGGAUGGCUAUUAAAGAGGAGCAGCACGACCCUGGGUACGAAGCUUCCUCCUGCAGUGCAACCUACAGAGAACCAGCACAACCCACCAGCUUCUAUUCCUCACAAACAGGUGCCAGUUAUAAGGAUUACCCUUCACCACCAUGCGAGGGGACAUACAACCAGUGGACGAUGCAGCCUCUUCCAGAUCAAAUACCAGAUAUCAGGUUUACCAGUCCUCCUGGAACAAGCUGA